AUGAAUAAAAUAAGAUAGACUCCUCGUUCACGUAGACUUUCAGCCUAUCAAGAAAAGGAUUAUGUUAUACCUAAACUAUUUUUGAGUGUUGAUUUGUAUUAAAAAUAAUAACAUUCUGUCAGAAUAGUUUCAAAUUAAGAGAUCAACAACCUCACAUUCUUUCAUAGAAACAAUAAUUAUUAAACAACAAAAAGAAGUAUUCAAUCAGAAAUAGAAUCAGUUGGAAUUGAAGAAAAUAAUAAAGUUUAUGAAGUUAAAAUAUAAAUCAAAUUUAUAAAGCAUAAACAAAAAUUGGAUAAGCAAUAAAAAUAGGAUUUUAUUGAAGACUAUAAAGUUGUUAAAUAUUCAAAUAAUACAUUUCAAUAACUUAAUGAUGAAUUAGAAUUAAGUAGAAAAUUAUAAAAGCUACUUACAACAAUUAAAAAAUGA